AUGAUCGUGCAUCUCACCGACGAACAGCCUGACAAGGUCGACCUUCUCGUCCUCGGCGCAGGCUGGACAUCGACGUUUCUGCUUCCGCUGCUAAAGAGUGAGGGCAUCAAGCAUGCCGCCACCACAACUACCGGCCACGAUGGAACCAUCGCCUUCAAGUUUGACCCCGAGUCGUCAGACCCUCGCCCCUUUUCCAAACUCUCCAAUGCCACGACUAUCCUGAUCACUUUCCCGCUCAAGGGCAAGGGCCCAUCUGAACGCCUGGUCAAGCUGUACCUGGACACCAGAAAGGACGAUGGCGCAGCCCAGUCAGGCACAAGGACACGACCCCAAUUCAUCCAGCUCGGCGUCACCAGCGUCUGGCCCGCCCCGACGUGGCAGGACUCCUCCUCGCCCUACGACACGGAGAACCCGCGCGCCAUUGCCGAGGACGAGCUCAUGGCCAUCCCCGAGAUCGACGCAGCCGUGCUCAGUCUCGCAGGGCUGUACGGGGCCCAGAGGCAGCCGCGCAACUGGGUCGAUCGCGUCAUCAAGUCCAAGGAGGACCUGCGCGCCAAGGGCGCCCUGCACGUCAUCCACGGCGAGGACGUCAGCCGGGCGGUGGUCGCGCUGCACCGCAACUUCACCAAGUCGCAGCGGUGGCUGCUGUGCGACAUGCACGUGUACGACUGGUGGGACCUGGUGCAGGACUGGGCAGUGGCGGACGUGGCCCCGGCCAGGGCGGCAGAGCUGUCGGCUGAGCAGGUCGAGACGCAGAGGGUCCGGCUCAAGUGGGUGGGCGAGCUCAUGGUCGAGGAAGGCGUGCGGGCACUGCCGCGAGACGCCUCUGCGGUGGGGAGAGCCCUGGAUGGGAGGGCUUUCUGGAACAAGAUGGGGAUCUGGCCUUCCCAAGGGCGGAUACGAUGA